CAAAAUCUCCUCAACCCUCAGUUGUCAUUCAAAACCUUCAAUUACAACAUGCAGCAUCUGGUAACAAUAUGUAGCCAAAACAGGCAUAUAUAGGACCAUAGAAACUAGAUGACGAAGAAUAUUAGACGAUACACAUCAUGAACCAUAUUCUCAGAGGCAUAACACUUGCACAACAGGCGUUCUAAUGAGACCAUUUAUGCAUUCCUAACAUUUAUCGUUAGUAGGUAAGGAGUAUGACCUCAAUAUUAAAGCCUUGCGGUAUUUACGUAGCUUGUGUACUUAAUUUGAUCCGUUUUUUUUCCAGUGGCAAGAGACAAAUGCUGCGGACCACAUAAAGUAUUUAAGGACGUAUAGAACAAUAGGCAUAGGCGAAGGUAGUGAAAUUGGUGACUUAGUGAAUUUCGAAUUUGGAGAAAUAUAACAGGUAAUAUUUGAAAAUAGUAAUGGUUUGUGGGAUAGUUCAAUAAUGACGAGGGGCAAGGUGAGUUUACACAUUUUUAAGAAUGAUCGGUUUCAAAUACAUAACAUCUAUACUCGCCUAACAUUACAUAUAUCAUCCAUGAAACAAGUAGUUAGAAAUGCACAAGCUAGCAAUAACAUUCCCUCCUUACCUCAGCAGGCUAUAGCUAACCAAUUUACAGUAACAUGUUCUUAGUGGUAAUUUUUUUUGGAUAGCUAAGAUAGCCAUCCAGUCUGGAUGAUUAACUAGCAAUUUUCUGUCCAUAAAAUACUGCUAACGAUAACGGGAUUGACAAUAACUAGCUACUGCUAAUUUUAGGUAAGCUAGUAACCCCGGGUACUAUAAGCGAUUCGCAAUCAAAAGAAAGUAUUUUUCCGACCAUUAACACAGCAGGUACCUCGUGAGUAUUGAGAGCCGUUCGACAGUCCUUUUUAUAGAAAAGUACAUUUGCGACCACAGACGCCCCGGCCUAUAUUGCCCUGCAGCAUCCAAUUUUAAACCCAGAAAAACACUACAGCUUUUCACUCGAGUGACGUAAAUAGACAGGGAUCUGCUGCGAAGGAGGCCGCGCGCGAUGUCUCCCCCUCCCUCCUCUACUGUCAGCAAGAAGCCUGAUUGGUCCAGGCCUGGAAAAGAGAGUUCGAGAAUCCAGAAUGUGCAGGCCGCGACGUCCCUACUGUGGGAAAAAAUAGCAAAACAGGCUGUGACAAAACUAAGAAAGGAGAAAACCUUCCCUGGACGGAAAAGGGAAUUCGAAAACAGGUUAUUUUGUCCCUGGACACAAGAAGAACACCUUAUUUUUUUAACCAUUUUAUGUUUUUGCCAGUACGUUGGAAUCAAAUGUGAAGUUUUAGGAAAUUAAAGACAAUGGACCAAGGUGGUGGGGUCUUGGAGCUACACUCACAGGAUCUGAAAAUGCCCCACACUAUGAUAAUGCAGGACUUUGUGGCGGGCAUGGGGGGCAUGGCCCACAUCGACGGAGACCACAUCGUGGUGUCGGUGCCCGAGGCCGUGCUGGUGUCGGACGUGGUGACGGACGAGGGCAUCACCCUGGAGCACGGCCUGGAGGCGGAGGUGGUGGAGGGGCCGGACGUGGGGCAGGAGGACGUGGUGACGGCCGAGUCGGUGCUGGGGGCGGAGGUGGCCAUCGAGGAGGCGCUGGGAGGCGACCACCACGUGCUGACGGCCGACCUGAUGGGGGAGUCGGACCAGGUCUUCGUGGCCGACCUCCUCUCCCACCAGCAGGAGGGCCACCUGGAGCACGAGAUGGUGACCGAGGAGGUGAUGGUGGCCAACGCCGAGGCGGAGACGGUCAUCCAGGCCCACGAGGGCAUGCCCGCCUCCACCGUCACGCUGAAGACCGAGGAGGACGAGGACGGCAAGAGCACCUCCGAGGACUACCUGAUGAUCUCCCUGGACGACGUCGGCGAGAAGCUGGACAUCGGCAACACCCCGCUGAAGAUCAGCACCGAGGUGACCCAGGGCGACGGCUCCAAGGAGGGCGGCUACGGCUCCGAGGUCAUCAAGGUGUACAUCUUCAAGGCGGAGGCCGACGACGACGUGGAGAUAGGUGGGACGGAGGUGGUGACGGAGAGCGACUUCCACAACGGCCAUGCGGUGCUGGAGCCGGGGAACGUGGGAAGGCUCUCCCGGGAGAAGAUGGUGUACAUGGCCGUGAAGGACUCCUGCCAGGGGGACGAGGAUAUCAACUGCGCGGAGAUGGCGGACGAGGUGUACAUGGAGGUGAUCGUGGGGGAGGAGGAGGCACCGCCGCCCGCCAUUCAGGAGUCGCAGCUGGAGGACCCCGCCGUCAACAAGACGUUUGUGCCUGUGGCCUGGGCGGCCGCGUACGGGAACAACCUGGACAGCAGGUUGGAGAACAAGAACGGCGCCGCCACCCAGUACCUGCAGAUCAGCGACAGCCUGAGCACCAGCAGGGCGCUCAAGCAGAAGGCCAAGAAGAAGAAGAAGGGAGAGACGCGGCAGUGCCAAACGGCUGUGAUAAUCGGGCCGGACGGGCAGCCCCUGACGGUCUACCCGUGCCACAUCUGCGGGAAGAAGUUCAAGUCGCGGGGCUUCCUGAAGCGCCACAUGAAGAACCACCCGGACCACAUGUUCAAGAAGAAGUACCAGUGCACCGACUGCGACUUCACCACCAACAAGAAGGUCAGCUUCCACAACCACCUGGAGGGCCACAAGCUGAUCAUCAAGAGCGAGAAGGUGCCGGAGUUCACCGAGUACACGCGGCGCUACCGCGAGGCCAGCCCGCUCAGCUCCAACAAGCUCAUCCUGCGCGACAAGGAGCCCAAGCUGCACAAGUGCAAGUACUGCGACUACGAGACGGCCGAGCAGGGCCUGCUCAACCGCCACCUGCUGGCCGUGCACAGCAAGAACUUCGCCCACGUGUGCGUGGAGUGCGCCAAGGGCUUCCGCCACCCGUCGGAGCUGAAGAAGCACAUGCGCACGCACACGGGCGAGAAGCCCUACCAGUGCCAGCACUGCGAGUUCCGCUGCGCCGACCAGUCCAACCUAAAGACUCACAUCAAGAGCAAGCACGGCACCGAGCUGCCCUUCAAGUGCGGCCACUGCCCGCAGGCCUUCGCCGACGACCGGGAGCUGCAGAAGCACAUGGAGAUCUUCCAGGGCCACAAGACGCACCAGUGCCCGCACUGCGAGCACAAGAGCACCAACUCCAGCGACCUGAAGCGCCACGUCAUCUCGGUGCACACCAAGGACUUCCCGCACAAGUGCGAGGUGUGCGAGAAGGGCUUCCACCGGCCCUCCGAGCUCAAGAAGCACUCAGAGACUCACAAGGGCAACAAGGUGCACCAGUGCCGGCACUGCGACUUCAAGAUCUCGGACCCGUUCACGCUCAGCCGCCACAUCCUGUCGGUCCACACCAAGGACCUGCCCUUCAAGUGCAAGCGCUGCCGGCGGGGCUUCCGCCACCAGAUCGAACUGAAGAAGCACAUGAAGACGCACAGCGGCCGCAAGGUCUACCAGUGCCAGUACUGCGAGUACAACACUACGGACGCCUCAGGUUUCAAGCGCCACGUCAUCUCCAUACACACCAAGGACUACCCGCACCGCUGCGACUACUGCAAGAAGGGCUUCCGCAGGCCCUCGGAGAAGAACCAGCACAUAAUGCGCCACCACAAAGACACCUUGAUGUAACCCCGUAGGGGGCGGGGCCUCGGGGACAGGGAACGUACCAUUUGAGGGGUUAUAAAUGAGUUUCAAUUACCCGUUCUCCUUAUCAGUGCUCAUCUGCCACCCCCGCCCUCCGAGAAGCGUGAGACGAGUCUUAAAAGAAAUCAUAGCAGUGGAAAGUACUAGACGGAGCGUUGCGGGUGGAGAUUAGGGAGGGGAGGGGUUUGUGGGAGAGGAGCGGGGCGUUGGGUGAGCAGUGGAGAGGAACGGUAUCACUCCAUUCUACAUGUAAUUCUUUUCUCCUUGAUUUGUUGCAAAAAACCUGUCACCUGUCAACAUUCAGGGGUUCAAAUGUUUUUUUUUUUUGUGUUUGUUUUUUUUUUUUUUUUUGAAUAACCCACUUUGGUAAAAUGCUGCAAGCAAAUAAUGUUCUCAGUGUUGGGAGAGAUGCUUAAGGCUUAAGGCACAUCUCAUACUAUCAAACAGAAGUCCUGCGCGUGUGACUUUCCCUCCUUCAUUAAACUACCUGAGUGUGGUGCGCUUCAUCCUCGGCAAAUAACACGUAUAUCCUUUUUUUUUUUUUUUUUUUAAACCAAAUAUCAAGCCUUCGUCUGCAUUUGUUUCUGCUGAUCAUUUCCUUUAAACCCAGUCUGGGCAGUGGAUUGAUUUAAGCUGUGGCCCACUGAUGUUGCAAAACUUGCUCUGAAAAAUGUUUACAUAUUCACCCUGCCCUAAUUUAGCUACCGCUGCAGGAAAAAAAGAGGAAAAAAAAAAAUCAGAUCACUAGAUUUUAGGCUUCUGUGUAACAUUGUCCCUGAACACGUCAUUGGAUUGUGUCAAAUGUUCUGUCAUUUUAAGUCUCCAACAUUUGAACUGGAAAAAUGAUUGAAUUAGUAAUUUCAGUGGUAAGGGUCAUAGAAUUAAAUUGUGAUUCACCUUGUGAUUGCCACUAUUUGAGUGUAUACAUGGUUACACGUAACUACCUGCCAGGCAAACAUGCGCACCCAUAUAGUCAAAUACUUUUGUUCACAAUCAUGCCUUACCUGUAAUUGUAAUUUCCAUGCACUGUAUUUAGUAAAAAUGUAAUCAAACUGAUUUAAUUUGUAAAAGUCUCUGUGAUGUAUCAGUACGUUGAGUGAUUCUCUGAAACCUUGUGUAUAUUUUAGUAAAGUGAACUCAUUUUCUCAAGUUCUCGAGAGGAAACAGGAAA